GUUACACCUUCAUCAAAAUGAUAGCUGACCCGGUUCGGGUCCAACCCGAAAGACCCCUACGAGAUUUGCUAUUUAGGUCGGCGCUAUUACCGGAGUUCUGUCAUAAUGGAAACCACCGGCAGUGUGCGUAAUUGUUGUGACAGAGACACAACUGGUCCCAUUCACUGAAACAGCAAAAAACUCGGAGCAGCUGCCGAUAAAUACGAAUGGACAUAUUCUUGGAACCGGAUAUCCAGAAGGUCAGCUGUUCGAACCAGUGGGUGACAUUUGUAUGACGGUGAGAUGAGCGAGUCUGAACUUCAGCCUAAUCACGAAACGACGGUAUCGUUACCGAUAUGAUGUCGUACUGAAGAGCACUGCAGGCGGUUAAAAGGAUGGAAAGGUGAAGGACGCGUCCCUUUGAGUUUUUCUUAACCAACUGCGGAGCGACAGUGCUUUGUGGAAAAUGACACCCAUUCUUCUACAUGUGAUUUUUAUGCUGUGUGGAGGUCAUAUACUUCAUGCAGGGGCAAAUACAACCCACUGCCUUCAUUCAUCCCACUUCAAAAUUGAUUUUAAAGAGAAUCGGCCUUCCGCCCCCAUCAACGUGUCCAUCACACACCUGCGAGCUGACUCGGCGACCGUGUCUUGGAACAUUGUGGAUGGAGAUGUUGUCAUUGGUUAUGCUAUCUCACAGCAGAGGCAGGAUGGCUUGGCACAGAGGUUCAUCAGAGAGGUGAACACCAGCAGCCGGGCUUGUGUGCUCUGGAACCUGGAUGAGGAUACUGAUUACAUCAUUCAGGUCCAGUCCAUUGGCCUGCAUGGCGAGAGCCAAGCAAGCAAGAGGAUCCAUUUCAGAACACUAGAGGAGUCGGAUCGCUUUCAGUCAAGCCUAAUGGACCAAGAUGACCCUUCAGUGGAGGGCCUGGACAUGUCCAGACAGCUGCAGACUGGAGAGAUGGUCAUUAUUAUGACAGUACUAAUCAUGUGGGCAGCUGUCAUAGCACUGUUCUGUAGGCAGUAUGACAUCAUCAAAGACAAUGACUCCAACAACCACAGCAAAGAGAAGGCCAAGCCCCCCUCAGAGCACAGUACUCCCGAGUACCACAAUGGAGGCUUAUUAGGCAGUAAGUUUCAAAGAACCACAUCAUCAAUUAGUAUCAUCAAGGUCUGACCCAGGCCUCCACUAGGCCAGGGUUCUAGCUUAGCUCCUACCUCUACAUUAGACCUCCAACUGACUUGAGCAACCACUUUUCGUACCAGGCUCUGACCCUGGCUACUACUAGCCACUUACCUGUCCCAGCCCCAGAGGUGUGGCUCAGACACCUGCUUGGCACAUGACCCUGUCACCUCACACAACGGCUCCAGUGUCCUCCCACCUGACCAGGCCUCCUCUGACAUGACCCCUGGAGCUAUGUGAUCCUGCAGGCUACUCUUAGUCAAGCAAGGAAGGGAUCGCCUGAUCCUGAUUCCCACCUGACCCAACAGCACUGGCUUGGCCCUUCCUGACCCCGUGCACAAUCCCGAUCAGUUCUUGAAUCAGCUGAGCCAAACCCCUCCCACGAAAACUGGUGUGACCUUCUUGCCUGGGCAGAGUGCCACCUUAUCUGGCCACUCAACUGCACGGCACUUUUAUCUGGCUCAUCACAUUUUUUCAUAAUAUGACUACUUAGGUUGCCUCAAGGCACACAGAACUGGGUUUGGGUGUCAUGUCAUGGAUGCAUCUAGCUGUGAACAGAGACAUCUGAAGACAUUUGAGUAGCCCACAUGGACCCCACUUGAAUUCCAAGUGGACCUACUUGUGUGUGUGUGUGUGUGUGUGUGUGUGUGUGUGUGUGUGUGUGUGUUUGUGUGUGUGUGUGUGUGUGUGUGUGUGUGUGUGUGUGUGUGUGUGUGUGUGUGACUUAUUUUCGAUCACACUCUGUAUAUUGUUAUGUGGAGAGUAGAGUAGGCAAAGGAAACUACUUAUGUGUGUGUUAAUGAAACUAUGGAGAAAACUGCCAGAAUUCAUAUUUGCAUUAAAACACUGUCUGAUGAAUGGAUUGAGAUGUGCCUGUCAGAAAAUUGGGACUUAUAUGCUAAAAUGGGCAUUUUCAGAGAAACACUGUUGAUGUUUUUGAUGUUUACUAGAGAACAGAAUAGUUAAACCUACUGUCUUAACAUUGAUAAUCCAGAUGGUUAAUUUAGGCUAGGCCUAUGUUACAGAUUUCAUUAAAGAUGUGGGGUAAACAACCUUUUUAAGUAUGUUGCACUUGUUCUGUACACACUAAAAGGACCUCUGGACAGUGGGACUUAUUUUACCCAUGUGGACAUACAGUAAGGUCCACUAGUCACCACUUAAGGAAGUAAAAAGGAGGCCUAGAAGUAGUGUGUUUUGUUUUGUUUUUACAAUAAGACCUUGUACCUCUGGCAUUGCCUAGGCAAGUGAUAUUUUCAGGUCCUAAAAUGUACAUGCAAAAGUGUUAAUAAAUAAUAAGCUACUUAUAUAAUAAGUAUAUAAGUAUAGAAUAACAGUCUUUCAUGGACAUAGGCUACUUGUAUUAUUUUCACUCGCUUGGGGCUCCCAUACUAGGCUACCUAUGGAAAUAGGCAGGUUAAAUGACACAAAGUGCUUUUAAAAUAUAUUUUUAAAUUAUGUAUCUCAUUAUAAUCACAGUUUGUAUUGCUAUGUUGUUUAUUGAGUUAUAAAAUAAAGUCUUUGAGCU